CUGCAGGCAGUGGAGUAGGCGGCGGAGGUGGAGUUCAGGAAGUAGCCAAUGUCAUUUCGCAUGUAGUGGUAACCACCCAGUCCACUUUGGGCCUUCCCAAACCACACGGUGAAGCUGCGCAGGAAAAUCGGGGAAAGCGCGAAAGUGAUUUCGACAAGGGCAACAACAGAAACAAAAACGCUGGACGAACAAGUGCCCCAUGCCAUUCAAAAACAAAAAGGGCUGUUCUUGCCACGUGUCACAAGGAGCAGGUCCCUUCAUUUCGCCGCGUGCGCGGCAGCAUGGAUCUCGAUCUACUCGCGCUCGAAGGCCGCCUCUCGCUGCUGGACGCUCAGCACGAACUCAAUGUGAUCCGCUGCGAAAAGGUUGUUACCAGGUUACAAUCGUUCCUGAGGGAGGGCGACAGCGAUGUCGACGAAUUGCGACACGACUCGCGGGAGGUGCCCCAAGGGAGGCGAAAUGCGGCGUCACGAUUCAACACAGCCGGAGAGCCUGACGAGAAUCGCGAGCUUUUAGUGCCGAAGAUCCGAAGAGGCUGAGGCUGCAGCUGCCGUAGCAGGAGCCAUCGCGGUCGGAGCGCCACGAACCAAGGGCUGGCCGCUGGGCGCCUCACGCGGUGGGCCUCCUGCGAGCAGCCCUCCAAGUCAGGAUUCCGGCUAAGUUUUAG